AUGGGCGUCGAAACCAAAGAAGAAAUUGAGGCUCACAACAUCGAUGUUGAGAAGGCCGCAGCUCAGCAAGUGACCAGCAUCUUCCAACCUGGCGAAUUUGGUAUCGUCGAGGACCAUGAUAUGACCGACGAUGAAGCCCGCCUGGUCGCCCUUGGAUACAAGCAGGAAUUUAGGCGCGAGUUCUCUGUCUGGACGUCUUUUGGAGUCUCGUUCUCUGUUCUUGGCCUCCUGCCGUCAAUUGCGACCACUCUCUGGUAUGGGUUAGGCUAUGCCGGUACAGCUGGCAUGACUUGGGGCUGGAUCGUUGCCAUGUGUGGCAUCCAGUGCGUAGCUCAAAGCAUGGCCGAACUGGCGUCUUCGAUGCCCACAUCCGGUGGCCUGUAUUACGCUGCUGCCGUACUUGCACCCGAUGGCUGGGGGCCUCUCUGCUCCUGGAUCACUGGGUGGUCAAAUUGGAUUGGCCAAGUGACUGGAGCGCCUAGUGUCGACUACGGUUGUGCGCAGAUGAUCCUCGCGACCGCAUCAGUCUUGCACCCGGACUUUGUCCCGCAGGCCUGGCACACCUUCUUGCUCACUGUGCUCAUAUUGCUCAUCCACGCGUGUAUCUCCUCCAUGCCGACAAAGUAUGUCGCCCACUUCAAUAGCGUGUCCACAUGGUUGAAUAUGUUUAUCCUCGUUAUCGUUGUCAUCCUCAUCCCGGCAGCAACGACGAACUUGAACCCACGAUUCAACAACUCUGCGGAUGUGUGGGGAACGAUCACCAACGGCACCGAGUGGCCCAAUGGAAUCGCCGUGCUCAUGAGCUUCAUCAGUGUGAUAUGGACGAUGUCGGGCUACGAUGCGCCCUUCCAUCUUAGCGAGGAGUGCUCGAACGCGGCCAUCGCUUCCCCACGGGCAAUUGUACUGACUGCCGAAGUCGGUGGUGUGCUUGGUUUCGCCGUCAACUUGGUCAUCGCCUACACGGUUACCGAUAUUGGGGCAGUGAUUUCCUCUCCUCUUGGACAGCCCUUCGUGGCGUACUGCUUACAGGUGCUGACUGUCGAGGCCGCUUUGGCAGUGACGGCCUUGACUAUUGUUUGCAGCUUCAUGAUGGGCCAAGGAUGCAUGGUUGCCGCUUCCCGCGUAACCUAUGCUUACGCUCGUGAUGGUGUCUUCCCACUAUCGAAGCAAAUCUGGAGCAAGGUGAACCCAUACACCCUCACACCCGUCAAUGCCGUCUGGAUGAACACCACAAUCGGCAUACUUCUCAUGCUACUUAUCUUCGCCGGCCCGCUUGCAAUUGGAGCCAUCUUCUCUAUCGGCGCCAUCGGUGCCUAUGUCGCAUUCACGCUACCCGUCACGCUCCGUACGUUCGUGGUUGGUAACCGGUUCCGCCCUGGCCCAUGGUCUCUCGGCCGCUACAGCUUUGCUAGCGGUUGUAUCGCAACGUCUUUCACACUACUUAUGAUGCCCAUCCUCUGCUUGCCUACCGUGAAUGGUCCCGACUUGAGCGCUCAGACGAUGAACUACACGUGCCUCGUCUGGGGCGGACCGAUGUUGCUUGCCAUGACCUGGUGGGUCUUGGAUGCUCAUAAAUGGUUCAAGGGCCCUCGUGUCAACGUAGAGCAUCGCAUGCUGCAAAAGGCGAGCGACCUUGUCGGUACGGGUAUGCAUGUGGUGGAGGCAGACAGCGACAAUGGGCACACCGUGACAGAGGUCAAGGAAUAG